AUGGGCGUCAUACGGAAGAAAACUGCAGCGCGCGGGACAGAAGGUGGAACAAAAUACCAUUGCGACGUCUGUUCUGUAGAUGUCACCUCGACGGUGCGCAUUGCUUGCGCGCAUAAUGCCUGUCAUGAAUAUGAUAUGUGCGUCCCAUGCUUCUCCGCCGGCGAAAGCUCAAAGAAUCACGAUCCACGAACACACCCAUACUACGUCAUCGAACAAAACUCUGUUCCUAUUUACCAACCCGACUGGGGCGCAGAUGAGGAACUCUUGCUGUUAGAAGGUGCGGAAAUCUACGGUCUAGGAUCAUGGGCAGACAUAGCGGAUCAUAUCGGCGGUUUCCGAACCAAGGAAGAAGUGCGCGACCAUUACAUCGAAACAUACAUCAAUAGUUCCAAAUUUCCUCUCCCCGAACGCGCUGAUCCUGAUGACAAGACCCUACAAGAGCAAAUAUCGAAAGAGGAGUUCCAGGCACGUAAAAAGCGACGAAUCGAGGCCCGUAAAGAGGCAGCCCGGGCCGCCCCUCCCGCAACGCCGAAACAAAAACCCACAGCCUCUGUGCCAGCCUGCCAUGAAGUGCAGGGGUAUAUGCCGGGCCGCCUCGAAUUCGAAACGGAAUUCGCAAAUGAGGCUGAGGAAGCUGUACAGCACAUGUCAUUUGAACCAGGCGAUGGGCUCAACGCGAACGGGGAGAUGGACCCUGAGAUGGAACUUAAAAUGACCGUGAAAGACAUCUAUAACUCCCGGCUCACCGCCCGGACAGAACGCAAGAAAAUAAUAUUCGAACACAAUCUAUUAGAAUACCGCAAAAACACUGCCCAGGACAAGAAACGAACAAAGGAAGAACGCGAAUUGCUCAACAAAGCUAAACCCUUCGCGCGAAUGAUGAACCAUGAAGAUUUCGAAGAGUUCACGAAGGGCCUCGAAUACGAACAUAAUCUCCAGCUCGCAAUAGCUCAGCUGCAAGAAUGGCGAACGAUGGGAAUCGGUGAUUUGAAAAGCGGAGAGAAGUACGAACAAGAAAAGCAGCAGAGGGCCCAACGCGCAAUUCCACAAGGGGCUUUUGAUAGAAUGGCCGGCACAAGGCCCAAACCAUCACAGAUACCCGAUGCGCCUUCGGCUGCCACCCAAUUAACAAUGCCGGAGCUACCUUUGCGCCUUCAACGCAGCGGAGCCCAACAAAAACAAGCAGCCCCCGUACCCGCCUCCGCAGCUCUCGAACCUGCACGAGCUCUACCCAUGAAUGAUUUCGAUAAGAUGUUCGCUAGUACCGAGAUGAACGGGACAUCGACUCCAAAGCCACCUGCAAAGACGAAAUACGUCAUCCCCCCAAUAAACGGACUUUCGCCGUGGAAAUUGGAAAACGACAUCGCGCCGGACCUGCACUUGUUGACGAGGGAGGAAGUGGAACUUUGUAAUAUUCUUCAUCUACAACCUAAACCGUAUCUUGUCAUUAAGGAGCAUAUGAUUAAAGAAGCGAUGAAGCAAGGCGGGAGCUUGAAAAAGAAAGACGCCAGGACGCUGUGUAAGAUCGACGUCGCCAAAUCUUCACGAAUAUACGACUUUAUGGUACAUAGCGGGUGGAUAACGAAGGCAUAA